AUGCCGUACCGUAGUCCUUUCUGCACCUCCCUGUGUUGCCUGCCGGACCCACGAGGGACAGUGAGGAGCGGCGCAGCGAAGCUUGUUGUGCGAUGGGGCGUGUUUGUGCUCCUGCUGCUCAGCGUUUUGUGGGCCGACUUCGCUCCGUGCUGGACCUCAGCAGAUCCUGUGACGGGGAUAGAGCCGGGCAGCCAGCGCUAUCACCACCUCCGACGCCGCAGCAGCAGCAGCUGCUUUUUCAUCCCCGUCACGCUAGCAGCGGCCACCACCGUCCACUACCGCGGCUCCGUCUAUCACGGGUUGACGGAGGAGAUGGUGCGACAAGGCGGGAGCACCUUCUCCAUUCAGGUCUCCAUUCCCACCUUUCCCACCAACAUCACCCUCCUCCAUUCCAUCGUGCGGUCCAUCCUGACGAACAACAUCCGCCUCAUCGACGACUCAGGCCAUGUAAUUGAUCACCUCAUGCAGCUGGCGCCGACAGUCCUGUCCCGUGCGGCGAACCGGUCGAGCGCGGCCCCGUGGCCGUCGUGGCGCCGCUCCGUGACGGAGGUGAUCAUGAACAGCGAGGUCGAAGUCAGCGCGAACGGACACUUCAUGAAGGUUACAUUUGGCAAAGGGAGCUGGCUGAUGCCACCCCACACCUCCGCCCUCGUCGUGCCGUGUCUGCCGUUCUCUCUCUUCGAGCAGGUUGGGCGUCUCGGCUUGCAGGACCUGCCCAACAACUGCCUCGCCGGCGAUCCUUUCCUAGUCCGCAAGCGCUCCUUUCUGCAGCUGGACAAGACCCGCUGGGGGUCCUCGCGGCAGUUCUUCGUCACGGGCGGCAGCAUUUCCAUCCCGCUUAACGGGGCCUCCAACACGGUCUCCGACAAGUUCGCGCUGGAGCAGCGGCUGCGUGUGAUGGAGGGAUACACCUGCCUGCACACCCGCGGUGCCUUUGUGCGCGGCAGCCGCUGGGACAUCCAGGAGAGCGCCUACCGCUUUACUCCGCACCGCGGCGGCGUGCAGACGCUCUGCUACGCGCCCUACCCCGAGACACUCCCCUUUCUCCGGCUGAAGCUGGCCGACUCGUACGAGGUGGCCGGGCCGGAGGGGGUGUCGACGGACCCGCCGCAGGUGCACGCCGAGCUGGAGUUCACCGGCACCAUUUACGGCACGAACCUGACGGAGCGGGACACCGCCGUCAUCACUGACGAGCUGUGCACCGACUUUACGUCGCAAAAUGUGUUCUUUGUGGAUCUCUUCUUCAGCAGCAGCUCCCGCGUGAGCUUCUUCGGCACGUUCCACAAGCGCGGCAUCUACCACGUCUGCUACCACCGCGAAGGCUCGCCGGUGUACGUGCGCGUGUCAACGCUGUUGGUGGAGCGCGGCACGGAUGUAGUGAUCGACAACGACAGCCCGAACGUGCUCAUUGACCAGGAUGUGAAGCUGCUGCAGUCCGCCUCGGUGACGCGGCUGAAAGUGCAAGACAAAGGCAAUCUGAACCUGCGGCAACGGAGCCUGAACGUGUCCUACUUUGUGUGGUCUGGUGGCAGCAUCUCCGGCAAAGGCACAAUCAACUGCACCGGCUACGCGAAGAUCACCACGCAGGGCUACGAGACGCGGCAGCUCUCGGUGCCGCUGUACAACUACGGGGAGAUGACCAUCGACGUGCAGCGCCUUUCGCUGGAGCGCGACGGGGCGAUCCACAACUACGGCAAUUUGACCUUGGCGGUGUCGAGCAUGGGCAUGGACAGCAUCAGCAGCGUCCUCUCCGCUGGCCGGCGCAACACCAUCACCAAUUACCCUGGCGGCAUCCUGCGCAUCAUCGCCCUCGACGAACGCUCCUACGCGCUGCUGACGGGUCGCCUCAACUUCCUCGGCGGCUCGGUGCUGCUGUCUGGCAAGAUCAACCUGACCGACGCGUCCAACCUCGUAGACUCCGUCAUGGUGCUGAAGGCCGGCUCGCACGCCACGGUGCACAACACACACAUCAGUGGCAAUGUGGUGGUGGAGGAGCACUCCGUGCUGACCAUGAUGGAGAACUGCGUGCUGCUGUCGACCAACGCGACGGGCGACGGCCUGCUUGAGGUGGUGGGCGACGACGCCGUGUUGAACUCCGUCAACGUCGGCGGCACCCUUCGCGCCAACUUCGGCGUCGGCCUGCAUGACCCCAUCUCCAUCACCGUCUACGGCACCACGCAGUUUGACCAGCACACCCUCGUGCACGUCGGCAACGCCCAUUUCGUCACCUCUACCGGGCUGGCAAAGCUGAUGUUCGGCGGCCGCUUCCUCGCCGCCUUUGUCACGGCGCGCUUCAACGGCAACAUGAUUCUGCAGAUCAGCGGCGUGACCGCCCUGUACGGCAACGUCUCUGACGAAGCAGUCAUCUUCGAUCGCGACUCCGGCAUCAUGCCGGGCUACUCGCUGCCUCUGGCUACCUCGACCUUCGUGCCGCCCAACGCGACGAUGUUCGUGCUCGACACCUUCCGAUGGAACAACGCAGACCACGGCACACAUGGCGCCGGCAACGGCAGUGUAAGGCGAGACAACUUGGUCGGUGACAACAUGGCGAACGCGAUGCACGGGGAGGGCAGCGGCGCGAUGGCCAUAACUGCGUGCGAGGUGUACCUGCCCACUUCCCAGUACUUGACGCUGGGUGGCCGUCUUGUGUUACGUGGGUGCCUGCAGAUGCCGUCUGGUGGGCUGCUGAGCGGCGACGUUGUACGCCUGGAGGAGCCGAAGGACUGGAAGCUGCUCUACGCCUCCUUCUGUACGGGCCCCGAUGCCGAGGCGAUGCCUGACUUCUGCCGCCACCGGCCUCACGCAGCGCUUCCCUUGCACAGCGGCCUGGCGCUCAGCGAAAAGGUCUACGUGCGGUACCCCGCCCGGAUCGUGCUGGACGAGGUCGCCCUCAUCAGCAGCUAUACGCGCGUGACGGACGCGAUGCAACUGCAGGUGAAGGAGACACUGCUCAUCAGCACCAACUCGACUCUGUGGCUGAUGGUCGGUAUGACGGUGGAAGCGCGGCGCGUUAUCGUAGACGGCACGCUGGUGGUGGCCGACCCGCGCAACACCAUCUUCAAGGGAGAUGUGGAGGUGCGGGAAGGGGGCGUCAUCGAGGUCCGCGGCGCGUCCCAGGUCAGCUGCGCGAACGAGUUGACGGUAAAGGGCCGACUUUACGUCUCUCACACGGCCAAAAGGCACACCUUCCGCUGUGUCGAUGCAAACCACGAGGGGCCGCCGCCGAGGGAGGUCGAGACGCACACCGGUGGCAGCAACGGCAACAGCGGCGGGCGGGUCAGCGUGCAGACGGAGCUGCUGCGACAGCGCGUGUUGGUGCACAUGCGGCCCGAUAUGUACUGUCCGAGCGACGUCAUGGAGGACUACGACGAGCGGCGGCGGCUUAUUGACUUGUACUGGAUGAAGGAGCCCUACAACCCGCCGCCCGGAGAGCCGAAGCUGCGGGACAUGGCUUGGAUGACGCUCUUCGGCGUCGUCAGCGGCUUCGCGACCUUCCACUUGCUUCUCACCACGUGGAACUGCUCUUACAAGGACUGGUGGGCCGACAUACACACACCGUGCCCGCUGCAGCUGACGCUGACGUGGGACGAGCUGAGCUACAGCGCGGUGAACUACUUCGCCUUCUGCCGCCUCAUCAUCAUCAACCUGCAGAACACGAUGGCCGCCUUCCACCCCGGUCUCCCCGCACCGCUGCCGACGGUGGCCAUCGUGUUUCUGCGUGGCAUGGGUCUCCUUAUGCCCCACCACCAAAGCAGCAUCUGUCGCGCGCACAUGGUCGGCGCCUUCUACAUCAUCUGGCUUCUCGUUUUCCUGUAUCUGCAGGGCCGUGAGAGUCGCCUCAUCUCCUACCUGCGUCACCGGCAGCCCUUCGUGCUGAAUCUGCUGCAGAAGCUCUACAGCGUCUUGACGAUUCUCAACGUUGUCUUCCUCGCUCCGUUGAUGUCCUCCGUGCUGGACGCGGUGGCGUGGCCGACGCUGCUCCGUAACGUGCCCACCUACGAGCCGAUGCCCAUCAACGGCUGGGUGGUGGUGUCCGUCAUCGCUUUCUUGGCGAUUGGCGUGUUGGCGCCGUCGAGCAUUUUGUCAAACCAAACCUGGAUUCCGCACAUGGACCUGCGGGCACGUGCCUCGAGCAUGUUCCUCCACUUCCCCGUGCAGAUGGUGGAGACGGUCAUGUGGAAGGUGUUCUACAGCAACCCCAUGUGCGCCGUCCUGAGCUGCGUCGUCUUCCAGCUGCUGCGGCUCGUGCUGAUGUGGGCCAUCCCGCCCACGCCGUACAGAAAUGUCAACCGUUUUAUGUGCAACACGGCGUUGUACUCUUUUUACGUGUACCCCACCAUCAUCCUCUACACGGUACUCGUGCGCACCGGGGUGUACACCUCCUGCACGCAAGGGGUGCAGCUGUUUCGCCUCUGUGCCGCGCUCUUUGUCAUCUCGCUCUUCGCCAACUUCUGGCGCAACAUCCUCUUCGCCGAGGAGCAGACGACGACCACCGGCGACGUCUCGAUUGACGCGCUGCGCUGCUCCAUGAUGCAGAUACGCAACCGCAUUCACGACAUUAAGAUGGAGGUGUACGCCUGCAAUGACACGAUUGAGCGCGAGAACACCCUCAACGCAAUUGCGCGGCUGCGCAUUGAGUACCUGGAGAAGCAGGAGCGCUACCGCUAUGAGACGCACCGGCUGCUGCGGCCGUACAUCCUCGGUGGGCCGAGCGCCGACUGCGAGAUGACGCAGUCACACAACAGCUCCCCCUACUACAACGUGCUCGACGGUGACGACAUGUCCACGGCGCUGCCGCUCAUGUCCCCCAGCAUACAGCACAGCAAUUUGCUCACGGUGGAGGAGAUGGAGACGUUCAGCUGCGGUCCGGCGCUGGGCAAGGGCAGCUACGGCACCGUGCACCUCGGCAUCUUGACGAACGGCAGGCUGGUGGCCGUCAAGUACAUCAACAUCGUCAGCCAGAGCCCGGAGGCGCUGUCGAGUGUGAAGGCUGAGGUGAACAUGCUGCGCGAGCUGUCGCACCCGAACAUUAUUCGCUACUACGGCGCGCACACGAUCCACGAAACGAUGUUGGUGUUUAUGGAGUUCGCCGUGGGCGGUAGCCUCACCUCGAUUGUGCGCAAGUUUACCCAGCUGACCGAAGCGGUCAUGCAGCUCUACACGCACCAGAUCUUGCAGGGCCUGCUGUACCUGCACGAGAAGGGCGUCGUGCACCGCGACAUCAAAGGCGAGAACAUCCUCAUCGACGGCUACGGCGUGGCGAAGCUGGCGGACUUCGGCUGCAGUAAGGCGCUGGCGAACAUCGCGAAUGCGACGCAGGUGGGCUGCGGCACGCUGGUCGGGUCGCCGUUCUGGAUGGCGCCAGAGGUGAUCCGCAGCGAGGCCUACGGCACCAAGGCGGACAUCUGGUCUGUCGGCUGCACGGUUGUGGAGAUGCUGAACGGCGGGGAGCCGCCGUGGCGGGAGGAGUUCGACAACGUCUACUCCGCCAUGUUUUACGUCGGCUCGACAAACGAUAUCCCGCAAAUCCCCGAGGAGACGUCGGAGCUGUGCAGAAACUUUCUGUUCCGCUGCUUCGAGCGCGACGUGCAGAAGCGCGCAUCGGCGGAGGAGCUGCUGCAGCACCCGUGGCUGCGCUCGGCGGCGGCGGCCUCCAUGAUGGACGAGUCCAGCGAGAACACCACCAGCUUCUCCACCUUCUCGCCGGCGUCGCAGCGGUUACCCUACGACGGGCUCCGCAACAUUAACUCCCCGCACGGGUCACCGCACGAGUCGCGGGAGGACGUGACGUCGCCGCUGAAGAGCACCCUCGGCAGCAAUCACAACAACGGGACGAAGAACCACCACCAGGAAAGCAGCAUCGCCAGCAGCGCGUCGGACGGCUCCAAAAAGUAG